AUGAAUCUCAUCAACCCUGUUGUGAGUUCUGUUGUUCCCUACGUGUUGAAUCCUAUUAUGCGCCAAUUCAAGUACUUGUUCUUACCCAACAACAAUGUCAAAGCCGUUGUUGAUGCCAUGGAUGUACUAAGAGCCAAGAAGGACAUCCAAAAUGCAAAGCGAGAAGGCGAAGAUUGCUCCCCAGAAAUGGAGUUCUGGCUUGAAAAGGUUGAAAACAUUGAACGUGAUGUGGCUGCCAUAAAACAAGAAUAUUAUCUAAGAAAAAAGUGCAUAGGAAUCUCUUCACUCAAUCUUGUUUCUAACUACAAGAUCGGCAAACGAGCUUUUAAGACGAAAGAGGAGCUAAUGCAAUUACUGAACAAAAGUUCUAAGUUUGAGGUGAUAUGUCGCUAUCUUAAAGAAAACACUGCGGGGAUAGUUGGGAUAUGGGGCAUGAGAGGCGUUGGCAAAACCAUACUUCUAAGAAGCAUCAACAAUGAAUUCAUUCACAACAAAGAUGGCAUGUUUGAUCAUGUCAUUUGGGUUGCAGUUUCUCAAAAUAAUAUUGAAAAGGUUCAAUCUGAUAUCGCUAAGUAUUUGGGAUUAUCAUCUGCUGAUGCUAGUGCAAUUUGUGAUUUCUUGAGCAGAAAAAGUUUUCUGUUACUGUUAGAUGAUCUCUGGAGCUCACUUGAUCUCGAGACGAUUGGAGUACCUGAGAUUCAACAUGAUGCUCAAGAUGAGAACAAGAGGAUGGUGGUUUUCACAACACAGUCCAAGGCAAUUUGCCGUAGUAUGGAAGCUGAUACGAAGAUCAGAAUGGAGCCCUUGGAUGAUGAUGCAGCAUGGAGUUUGUUCAAUGAGAAAGCAGGUAAAGAGCUCAUUGCAUCUGACGAAAAAAUUGAAUAUCACGCUAAGGAUAUCACAGAGAAAUGUGCUGGACUUCCACUUGUUCUUGUCACUGUUGGCAAAGUGAUGUCGACCAAGAAGAGCCCACAAGACUGGGAGGGUGUUGCCACCAUGAUGGGAAAAUUUCCAGGGAUGAAAGAACCAAGCUUAUUUCCUUUUCUAAAGAUCAGUUACGACAGUUUGGAGGGUGAUUCUUUAAGGCAAUGCUUCUUGUAUUGUUCUUUAUGGGGUGAGGAUGAGCAAAUACCUACAGAUGAACUCAUAGAGUGUUGGAUGGGGCAUGGCUUAUUAGGUGAUUUUGAUGAACUUAAUGAAGCUUACAUUAAGGGUGAGACUAUUAUUGGACUUCUUAAAGAAGCAUGCUUACUAGAAUCAGGAGUCUUGAAACAACCGGUUUUAAAAUCUAGUGAUUUAACAAGCAAUGUGAAGCUUCAUGGUAUGGUCCGAGAUCUUGCACUGUGGAUAGCUUCCGAUUGUCACGAAAAUAAGCGAGGAUGGUUAGUGAAACGACAGAGAAACUUAAAAAGAUUGCCCAAAGAUCUCAGUGGCAGGGAAGUGAUUUCUUUGGCAAAUAACAAAUUAAGAUCAUUGGAUCAAUCUGCUAAAUUCAACAAGCUCAGAACAUUUAUGCUCCAAGGAAAUGAAAAUCUCGACCUCAUUUCUCCAGGCUUCUUUAUGACAAUGCAUUUCCUCAAGUAUUUGGAUCUAUCCAAAACCAGUAUUACUACUUUGCCAGAAGAGAUACGCAUGUUGCAGGAGUUGCAAUAUCUCAAUUUAUCAUUCUCAUCUAUCAUUUCUUUGCCUUCAACUUUGGGUGAUUUGAAUCAGUUGAAGUAUCUAUAUUGUGGUAAAGCAUCAAACCUGAAGGAUAUUCCUCAAGAUCUCAUACCAAGGUUGACAAAGUUGAAUGUAUUGGAUUUAUAUUCAACUGGCGUAUAUUUCUUCAAAGGAGCAUAUCUUGAUGACAUGGAAAAUUUUUUAUGCAAAUUAAAAGGAGUGGGGAUCAACAUAGAAGGCGUUUCUGCAUUAAAACGACUCUCAUGUGUUCCUAAGCAGAAAGUGCAGUUGACAGAGGGAUUCUAUGAAUAUCUAACUUCAGUCAGCAUAUCCCCAUCCCUACUUGGAAUCAACAGCAAGACAAGCCUUCAAGAACUCCAAAUUUUGGGCAUUUCACCAUUAAAGGAGUUGGUCAUGAAAACAGAGCAUGAAGAUUCUUGGUGUCUUUCUCAUCUGAAAAGCUUACGUUUAAAGUUUCAUCCUAAGCUGAGAAAUAUCAUUUGGGAAGAUUUGGAAGCAAGACAUUUUCUCCCCAAGCUUGCUUACUUAUCUAUCUAUAAAUGUGAUAGCUUGACUAGCUUGUCUUGGGUUGCUCAGCUACCAUCUCUGCAAAUUCUCAAGAUACGCAAAUGUUGUAAACUGAUGAGUAUUAUAGCUGAUGAUCAUCACAAAAUGAUCGAGGAUGGAACUCCUUUCCAAAGCCUCAAGACCUUGAUUCUUGAUAAUUUACCAGAUUUGGAUUCCAUCUAUGAGGGAAAACUAUCCUUCCCUUCCAUUGAAGCAAUUAUAUUGAGUAAAUGUUGGAAAUUGGGAAGCCUCCCACUUGGAUAUGACAGUGCUAAGAAUAUGACGUACAUAAGUGUGAAACCAGGAUACUUGUGGGAUGACAUGAAUUGGGCAUUCAAGUGUCGUUUCUCUCGUUUUGUUGUUCAGCGUAGCGUGGAGUGGACUAUCUUUAACGGUGAUCGAAAGGAAGCAGAGAAAGGGUUUAAAGAAGGAGAUCUCAUUAAGGAAGACAUAAAGACAAUGAAGACAGAUCCAAAGAAGGAGGUCUCAUUAAUAGGAAGAGGAAAUGGGUUCCCCCAGGUGGUACCAGUAAUGGAGUUGAUCUUUGUAAGCAAUGAGAUGCAUUCAUCUAAAUGCAGUUAUGAAAUUUUGUAA